CCUCUCUGCAGCUGGACAGGUCCUGUGUGCUACCCUGGGUAGGGCUGCAAAGUUACACAGGUUGUGGUCUCUACCUUUGAGGAGCUUUCAUACUCCUCGGAGGGCCUGACCUCUUCACAGAUGUCGUCCUACAAGCGGGCCACGCUCGAUGAGGAAGAUCUGGUGGACUCCCUCGGGGAGGGCGAGGUGUACCCCAAUGGCAUUCAGGUGAAUUUCCGAGGCUCCAGGAAUGGCCGGAGUUGCUGGGCCGAGAGGACUCAUGUCGAAAAGCGCCUUUCCGUGGUGAUUGGCCUUUUGGUGCUGGGGCUGUUGGCAUCCCUGGCAAUCUUGACCUUGCAGUACAAAACUAGACCCCCCGCUCUGUGCCUGAGUGAAGCUUGCAUCUCAGUGACCAGUUCCAUCCUGAGCUCCUUGGACCAAACAGUAGACCCCUGCCAAGACUUCUUCAGCUAUGCCUGUGGGGGCUGGAUAAAGGCCAAUCCCGUGCCUGAUGGCCACUCCCGAUGGGGGACCUUUAACAACCUCUGGGAACACAACCAAGCCAUCAUGAAGCAUCUCUUGGAAAAUGCCACCGCCGGCACCAAUGAGGCCGAGCGCAAGGCUCAGCAGUAUUACCAGGCCUGUAUGAACGAGUCCAAGAUCGAGGAGCUGAAGGCCAAGCCUCUGAUGGAGCUGAUUGAGAAGCUUGGUGGCUGGAAUAUCACAGGUCCAUGGGAUAAGGACAACUUCCAGGAGACCCUGCAGGUGGUCACUGCUCACUAUCGGACUUCCCCUUUCUUCUCUGUUUAUGUCAGUGCCGACUCAAAGAACUCCAACAGCAAUGUGAUUCAGGUGGACCAGUCUGGUUUAGGGUUACCUUCAAGAGAUUAUUAUCUGAAUAAGACAGAAAAUGAGAAGGUCCUGACAGGCUACUUGAACUACAUGGUGCAGUUGGGCAAGCUCCUAGGAGGAGGAGACGAAGAUUCUAUUCGUUACCAAAUGCAACAGAUCUUGGACUUUGAGACAGCGCUAGCCAACAUCACCAUUCCCCAGGAGAAGCGCCGGGAUGAGGAGGUCAUUUACCACAAAGUAUCCGCCGGAGAUCUGCAGAUUUUGGCACCUGCCAUCAACUGGAUGCCCUUCCUUACGAAUGUGUUCUACCCUGUGGAGAUCAAUGAAUCAGAGCCUGUGGUGGUCUAUGCCAAGGAGUACUUGGAGCAAGUCUCCAACCUUAUCAACAACACAGACAAAUGCCUCCUGAAUAACUAUAUGAUCUGGAACCUGGUGAAAAAAACGAGUCCUUUCCUGGAUCAGCGCUUCCAGGAUGCCGAAGAGAAGUUCAUGGAAGUGAUGUACGGGACCAAGAAGACGUGCCUUCCACGAUGGAAGUUUUGUGUGAGUGACACAGACAACAACCUGGGCUUUGCCCUGGGCGCCAUGUUUGUGAAAGCCACCUUUGCCGAGGACAGCAAGAAUAUAGCCAGUGAAAUGAUCUUGGAGAUCAAGAGAGCAUUUGAAGAAAGCCUGAGCACCCUGCAGUGGAUGGAUGAGGACACACGGAAAUCAGCCAAGGAGAAGGCGGAUGCAAUCUACAAUAUGAUUGGUUACCCCAACUUCAUCAUGGAUCCCAAGGAGUUGGACAAGGUCUUCAAUGAUUACAAUGCCGUACCAGAUCUUUACUUUGAGAAUGCCAUGAGGUUUUUCAACUUCUCAUCCAGAGUCACCGCAGACCAGCUCAGAAAAGCUCCCAACAGGGAUCAGUGGAGCAUGACUCCUCCCACCGUGAACGCCUACUACUCACCCACCAAGAACGAGAUCGUGUUUCCAGCUGGAAUCUUGCAGGCUCCGUUCUACACCCGCACAUCACCCAAGUCACUGAAUUUUGGUGGAAUCGGGGUUGUUGUGGGUCAUGAGCUGACUCACGCCUUUGAUGAUCAAGGUCGAGAGUAUGACAAAGAUGGCAAUCUUCGGCCCUGGUGGAAGAACUCCUCAGUGGAGGCAUUCAAGCAGCAGACUGAGUGCAUGGUGGAGCAGUACAGCAACUAUACAGUCAACGGAGAGGCAGUGAAUGGCCGCCACACCCUGGGAGAGAACAUCGCUGACAAUGGGGGUCUCAAGGCCGCCUAUAGGGCCUAUCAGAACUGGGUGCAGAAGAAUGGGGAGGAGGAGACUCUGCCAACCCUGGGCCUCACCAACAACCAACUCUUCUUCCUUGGGUUUGCUCAGGUCUGGUGCUCAGUCCGUACCCCUGAGAGCUCGCACGAAGGCCUCAUCACAGAUCCCCACAGCCCCUCUCGCUUCCGGGUCAUCGGCACCGUCUCCAACUCCAAGGAGUUCUCAGAACACUUCCAUUGCGCCCCUGGCUCCCCUAUGAACCCCCAUCGAAAGUGUGAAGUCUGGUAGAGGUGAAUCCAGGUGGAAGGAGACGGAUGGGGAGUUAUGGGAAGGACAGGCAGGACAAAGACCCUGGGGGGGAGGGGAGGGGAGGGCCAGAGGGAGGGAAUGAAAUAGUUCGCCCCGUCUGUCCAGUAUUGAAGGCGUUGCCCUGGCCCUCCUCCUUGCCCAAGCACCCUCCCUCUCCACCUUCGAAAAGCUCUUCAUGGGAAGGGGUCCAAAACCAUGGGCUUUUGGUGCCAACCAGAGAUUGGAUCCACUGUGAAAACCCUGUAAUUGCAAAUCACUUGUGAGUCAACUCUUGCAAUGGCCAUGACAGGUGUUUGUGUGUCUGUCCGGCUGCUUGGGGGCAAGGGCAGGGAAUUAGCUUUGUUGUGUGUCACUUGCCCCACCUGUGCUGGAUGACAACGGAUACACCCACAAACACCGCAGUGUUAAGUGCUUUAAAAAUCUCUAUUUUGGGGAAAUUCGUUUUGGAACAUUGUGGAAUACACUGGAAACCUUCAGGGAAAAAUGCAUUUAAAACACUUUUUUUUUUUAAAGAAAGGAUUGGUAUAUUUAUUAUGUUUUUUUAAAUAACCUGUGGACAAGGGAAGCCCCACAGUGACAACUCUCUUCCAGCCCCCUCCACUGGCUGCUGAGUUGAGGCUGGGGCUGGUAGUGCUGAGCUGAGACCAUGACUCCCCAGAAGUCCCAUUAAGUAGAGAUGAGGGUAGGAGAUGAGGAGGAGAGAUUCAAGAUGGCAAAAUCAGUCUCUGGCACCGUCCCUCCUUCCCUUUCCUUAGCACCUAAAUCCUAAAGCCCCCACCCUGUGCUCAGCCAGUGAGAGCCCUCAGCAAGGUUCUGCUUUCCCAGAAGGGGAUGGGAAUAGGGAAGAUAAUCCCAUCCACCUGUGGUCCAUUUCUAAAGGGAAUUUAUAGUAGGAGGAGAGGCUGGGGAGCGGGAUGACUUAGGUCCUCUGCAUCUUGCCAGCAAAAACCACAAACCUCCCAGCCCCAUAAAAAAGGGAUGAGUGUAGCUUCAGAGCCUGGGCCUCCUAGGCUUCACUGCCCUUGUUUUCUUCCUCUUUGUAGUGUGACUGACACAUAUCGUUGCUGGCUGCUGCCCUCGGCCCUUCCAAGUGCCAGCCAUUUCAGCAUUCAUCACUCUGGUCAGCCCCACACCAAGCCCAGCUAGAGUUGGGUCCCCUGGCUGUGCUGACAGUCUGCCUAGGAUCCUGUUAGAGAAAGUAGGGGGUCAGAAAACCCCUCUUGGCCACUAUGUCUUAAGCUGAAACAUCCUAGCAUCUAUCCUCUUUGCCCUUGGCUGACCCUAAGCUAUCUGUGGGGCCCAAAUGACCUCUUGUGCACUGUAGGCCUCUAGACUCCUCUUCCCCAUGCCAGUAGGGCCUCUGGGGUUUGUGGUUCCUGCCUCUAAGGAAGGCUGGAUUGGUUCCCCACCCUCACCCCCUACCCACCAUGACCUUAGUACCAUCUCAGCCCAGGCCUUCGGUCCUCUCGUGCCUUAUCUAGGGCUCUGCCCUAAGGAGAACCUCUUUUUUCCACAAAGAAUUCCCACCAAGUGUCUGACUGGCUUUCAAGGCCACCCACCCGUGUGUACACACACACACACACACACACACACACACACAGAGUCACACUCACACACACAGUCACACUCUCUCUCUCACACACACCACACCCCUCCCUCUGCAUUUGGACCAAUUCCCUGAGAGUCCACUGAGCCCCCACCCCAGGUCAACCAAGAGGCUCAAAACUAGAACCAGCUAAAGUCUGAGACCCCAAAAAGCCCAGGAGCCCUUGGGAGAGCCCAGGACAGCCUGCACUAUCUGUUGUAUUUCCCAAUUUGGGUCAAACAGUAGUUUCUUCUGCCCUGAGCUGAAUGGGCUUCUGCCCCUCUCCCUACAGGUGGUCAGUCUCCUGGCCACCCUGCCAAGCUGAGCAAAAUCUGUGGCCCCAGGGGUCAGGACUCUCCAGGGACCUGGUCAUUUCAACUGAACUUUGGGGAGGAGGAAAGAAGGCAGGAAGGAUUUUUAAGACAGAAGCCCAAGCUAGCUGACCCAGACCCUGUUCUAAUAAAGUCUUCUCCCUUUCUGAAAAAACAAGGCCCAGCCAGCCAGUGUGACCAGCCCAGGGUAGGCCUGGGGCCCAAACCCUAGAGCACGUGUCGGUCUGUCUGCGGGCCAUCGUAUCUGAUGUGUGCCCUUUGGUGGCUGCUGCCUCCUUCUCUUCUUGUGCUUACCUUCCCACCCCUGCUUUCCUUCCUCUUCCUGUCUCUCCAUGGAUUUCCCUUC